UAGAAAAUUAAAUAUGAAUAACACUACUGAAACGUGUCGUGCCGUGAAUGGUAUAGAUGAGAAUCAACGUUGUAACUUUGUGAGAACGACACUUGAUUGUAGAAGCACUCUUAGUUAUAUCGAUUACACCGCUUAUAUAUACUGUUCUUUUGGAAAUGAAGGUGACAGAAUUGCUGUUGGACUUAGUGUUUUAUGGCUAUUGUUGUUAUUUAUUGGUCUAGGGAUAACAGCAAAUGGCUUCUUAUGUCCUGCACUUUUUGUCAUUUCGAAAACUUUGAAGAUGUCUCAGAAUGUUGCUGGAGUAACUUUGUUAGCCUUUGGAAAUGGUUCUCCUAAUAUAUUUUCGGCUAUUGCUGGUAUUCAACAAGGAAAAACUGAUCUUGUAAUAGGAGGAUUAAUAGGGGCAGGUAUAUUUGUAACCACAGUAGUAGCUGGUUCAAUAUUCCUAAUUAAGUCUUUUACAAUUAUGAAAAGACCAUUUCUUAGAGACAUAUUUUUCUAUAUUGGAGGAACAGCUUGGGUUUUCUACCUUUGUUAUACAGGUUUUAUUUACGUAUACCACGCUAUAGGAUUAGUUAUUCUUUACGUAGUCUACGUAAUAGUUGUAGUGGUCAGUAGGUACAUUCAUCUGAAAUAUCAAGUACCAUCGAAAGAAAAAGAAGUGUCUGCACAAGAAAAAUCUAGUAAAUUAGCACCAGUAGCAUCUUUCUCAUCCAUUAAUUUUGGAAAAGCCAAAAGGGAAGAUGAUCCUGAAGCAGCUGGUGUAGUUCUUACCUCGUUCUUUUAUCUUAAUGAUUUUUGGGAUAAUCCACAACAUUCUCAACCCAUUUCACCAGAACAAGAAUCUGGAAUUUUUGUCACUACAACACCACCAGAAAUAACUGGGUGUCGUCCUACAUCAAAAGUUUUUCAGGAGCCUCAAAAUUAUACCUACGUAACUGAUGCGGUCCAAGUCUCUCGAAGUGAAUGGUAUCAUAUAAGAACAAUGGGAUUGGGUAAAUGGGUGCUAAGUGAAGCUUCUUCACAAGAAAAAUCUAGCAAAUUAGCACCAGUAGCAUCUUUCUCAUCCAUUAAUUUCGGAAAUAUUAAAAGGGAAGAUGAUCCUGAAGCAACUGGUGUAGUUCUUACUUGCAGUAUCAGCGUUAACAUCGAAUCCCUAGAGAAGACAUCAAGUGAAACUUCGUUGGCGUCAAGCAAGAAGAAAGUUAAGAUCCCUGUGGAUGGAGAGGUUGACCCAGUGAAGGACUUUUUAUAUCAGAUCUGUCCUAUUAACAUUUUUCUAUCUAAAGUAUAUGUAUUGAAAGCUUUAAAAUACAGUAAACAUGGAAUUUUUCUACCACUUAAAGUAAAACUGACAUAUUUACUGAUAGGCAGUAUCAGCGUUGACAUCGAAUCCCUAGAGAAGACAUCAAGUGAAACUUCCUUGGCGUCAAGCAAGAAGAAAGUUAAGAUCCCUGUGGAUGGAGAGGUUGACCCAGUGAAGGACUUUUUAUAUCAGAUCUGUCCUAUUAACGUAAGAGGAUGGCGCAAACUUAUCUGGUGGCGACGUGUACUUGAGAUCUGCAAGUGCCCUGUGAUGUUACUUCUUACGAUUACCACACCUGUUUUGGAUGUAACUAAACCAAAACAGAAUUGGUGUCGUUAUCUCAAUGUAUUACACUGCAUUACUGGUCCUUUGUUCAUUUUAAUGGUUACUGGAUAUGCUCUUACAAUGAUUGGAGGCAAAUUUCAACUAAUUUGCAUAAUUUUAGUGUUUUCUUUGAUCUUAGCUGCUAUAGUAUUUUUCACAAGUGAAAAUGAUAAGCAACCAAAAUAUCAUUGUGCAUUUUCUUAUUUGGGAUUUUUGGUUGCUGUUAUAUGGAUUUAUUGCAUUUCUAACGAAAUUGUAAUUUUGUUGCAAGCUGUAGGAAUUGUUUUUAACCUCAGUGACACCAUAAUUGGUUUAACCAUUUUGGCAUGGGGAAACUCUUUACUCGAUUUCCUUUCAAAUGUGGCGGUAGCAAGGAAAGGUUUUCCAAGAAUGGGAAUUGCAGCUUGUUUUGGAACACCGUUCUUAACACUUUUACUUGGUGUUGGUGUUUCUUCGAUGAUACGAUUAUUUAAAAGUAACGAUGGGAAAUUGACGUUAAUAUUUACAAGAUUGACAAUAAUUUUAUUUGCAACAUUAGCAACGAGUUUGAUUAUCACCUUAAUUACCAUGACAAUCCUGCGAUUCCGAGUAAAGAGAUAUUGUGGUAUCUUCCUGAUAAUUGUAUACCUGACAUUUUUAAUUACUUCAGUGCUUACUGAAGUUGGAAUAUUCUAAAAAUUUUCUAAAAAUAUUUUUCUUCAAUGCAAUAAAUUCAUACACUUCUAUAAAAACAAAC